GUCUAGAUGGACCAGUGAUAUUACCGUGUUCGAUUAAUUUAUAAAAGAAAAUACCACAUGGACUUUGCGUUGGGGAUCCGCUGCACCGCUUCUUAGUUUUAGUAUUUAAAAGAGUUUAAUCAUGUUGACUAAUAAUGUAAAGAAGACAGUUAUCUCUGUGGUCAGUACGGCGUGUCUCUGUCUGCUGCUGCUCCUCGUCGCUGUGCAGCAUCACAGAGUUCAGGUGGACGAAGGAGCGAACCCAGACGACACCGUGACGCACGGCGUUGACGCACAGCUCGACGGCGAGUCGGUGGCGAAGAAAGGAUUCUCCGCAUACUUCACCAAACUGGCCCGUGGUCGGAGGGAGGUGGAGAAGCCGGCGAGCUCCUCUGCGUCCGCUGCUGAUCAACCUCCAGCUGAGGACAUCAGCGCGGAUGACAUCUUCAUCGCUGUGAAGACCACCAAGAAGUUCCACCAGUCCAGACUCAACCUGCUGCUGGACACAUGGAUCUCAAGAAGCAUGCAACAGACUUAUAUCUUCACUGAUGGAGAAGACGAAGAACUCAAAAAGAAAAUUGGGAGUCAUGCAAUCAACACCAACUGCUCUGCAGCUCACAGCAGACAGGCUCUGUCGUGCAAGAUGGCGGUGGAAUAUGACAAGUUCAUCGAGUCGGGGAAAAAGUGGUUCUGUCAUGUAGAUGACGACAACUACGUGAAUGUUCACACUCUGGUGAAGUUCUUGUCCCAGUACGCCCACACUCAGGACAUGUACCUGGGUAAGCCCAGCCUAGACCGGCCCAUUGAGGCUACAGAGAGGCUGGGGGACAAUAAGAUGAAACCAGUAAACUUCUGGUUUGCUACUGGAGGAGCAGGCUUCUGUGUGAGCCGGGGACUGGCACUCAAGAUGAGCCCAUGGGCCAGUGGCGGCCACUUCAUGAACACAGCUGAGAAGAUCCGCCUCCCUGAUGACUGCACCAUCGGCUACAUCAUUGAGUCCAUCCUCCAGGUUCCUUUGACCCGCAGCAACCUGUUCCACUCUCACCUGGAAAACCUGCAACAGGUGUCCAGAUCUGAAAUCCACAAGCAGAUUACUCUCAGUUAUGGCAUGUUUGAAAACAAGAGCAACAUCAUUAAUUUGAAAGGAGCUUUUCCUGUGGAGAAGGAUCCAUCCAGGUUCAAGUCUGUGCACUGUCUCCUGUACCCAGACACCCCCUGGUGUCCGCCUCAGGUUGCCUUUUAGGGCGACCGCUCCUUUCUCAUCCUCGUCCCCGUCACGCCUCGGUAUCUGAAAGGCUCGUGGGGACCAGUGUUUGGUAUUAGACCGUAUCGCUGCUGUUUUGUUGCUGCAGCAGCGUUUGGUCUUUAAUUGUUUUACUGGGCUGCUGUGCGGCCCGCAUCGGGACUUUUAACUUCCUGCGCCGAAACCAGGACCUUGUUCCCUCUGUAUUGCACAGGUGGCGGACUUCAAGUCUUGGCAGGGAGUAGCUUUCAGCUUUUGCAGGCAAUCAGAUGAGCUUUGUGAUGUACAUGUUGCUUGUAAAUGUAUCUGCAAUUCUCAUAGAAUGUAUCUUCAUAUAUCCAAGCCUUUUUGCCAGCUGCAUUAACCCUUUCUAUUGUCUAACUUUAAAAAAAAACAAAGCCACACAGGCUUUUGUUUGUAGGCUUUUAUCUCAUAUAACUGGCAUGCAUUUUUGUUCAGAUCUCUUAAUUAUGAUGACUCCGGACAAACGCUCCUAUAUGAAGAUGUCUUGUGCUUUCAGUUAACAGUGUUAUUUCCUCCAUAAGCAUGAGCUGGUUGUCAGCAGAUUCCCAAAUACAUUCUUCCUUUGUUGACCUAAUCUGAAGCAUAUCAUGACAAAGCACUUUUAUCUUUAGUCAGUUCUUUAAUGAACUGACCUUAUUUACGUCCUUUAAUGACAUGCUUCAGAUUGGCGUCCAAAGAAACAAAAAGAAAAGAAAACCCUCAAAAUCUCAAGAUCCAUCAUUACGUAUUUAAUAACUCCUUGCAUUUGUAACAAUCAGGGAAAAUAAUGAGUGGAGGAGAUUUUGAUAUGGGGUUACAAUCAGCUUUGAAAAGUUAUAGGUUGUUUUAAAUUGCACAGCUGAGUUUCAAAUAAGCUGAUAUUUGCUCCUGGAAAGAGGUUCACCUCUUCAAGUUCAACAGUGGACAAUCAGUGACUUUUAAAUAUAUUAGUGGCAUCUAGAUUCUAUCCUGUGUCACAGUCUAUAGCAGUUUGCACAACAGACUAAAGAGCUUCUCUGUUAUUAACCUGAAUGUUUUAUUUACACUAAAUACUGACUGUCACUGUUGAAGCCUUGGAGGUGAGAACUUACCUGGAGCAACAUCAGUGUUUCCACAUAGAGGGGUUUCUCCCCUCGGUGUCGUAUUUCACCCAUAUUGGGUUGCUCUGUACAUCUUAAUGACAGUAUUGUGUACUGUGACUCUGUUUCAGUUAGUAGUGAAUGUGUAAUGUUUAGAAUGUAACUCUCCAUCUGUGGUUGAAAUAUGCUUUUAAUGACCUGGACAUGAUUUUGUACUGCUUUGUGUUAUUGACUAUGAUGUUUAUUCUCCAGUAUCUGGAGGCGCUCAACAGUUCAUCCCCAGUACUGGCUUCUCAGGGAUUUUGAGCUGAUCCUGGUGUUAAAACUACCAUGGGACCCACUGUGGGACCUAAAAGUUUGAAUAAAAGUGAAUAACCACUGAGAAACUUAA